GUGUUAGCUGCUCAGUCAUGUCUGACUCUUUGCAACCCCAUGGACUGUAGCCAUCCAGACUCCUCUGUCCAUGGGGAUUUUCUAGGCAAGAAUACUGGAGUGGGUUGCCAUGCCCUUCUCCAAUGGAUCUUCCCAACCCAGGGAUAGAACCCAGGUCUCUGACCAUUGCAGGCAGCUUCUUUACCACCUGAGUGACCAGGGAAGCAUGUAAUAUUUGGGACAUACUAAAAAUUUAUUCAUUUGUCUGAAAUUCACAUUUAAAUAGGAGAACUGUAUUUUUAUUUGCUAAACUUAGAAAAGGCAGAGGAAUCAGAGAUCAAAUUGCCAACAUCCGCUGGAUCAUCAAAAAAGCAAGAGAGCUCCAGAAAAACAUCUAUUUCUGCUUUAUUGACUAUGCCAAAGCCUUUGACUGUGUGGAUCACAAUAAACUGUGGAAAAUUCUGAAAGAGAUGGGAAUACCAGACCACCUGACCUGCCUCUUGAGAAAUCUGUAUGCAGGUCGGGAAGCAACAGUUAGAACUGGACAUGGAACAACAGACUAGUUCCAAAUAGGAAAAGGAGUAUGUCAAGGCUGUAUAUGGUCACCCUGCUUAUUUAACUUAUAUGCAAAGUACAUCAUUUGAAACACUGGGCUGGGUGAAGCACAAGCUGGAAUCAAGAUUGUCAGGAGAAAUAUCAAUACCUUCAGAUAUACGGACCUUAUGGCAGAAAGUGAAGAAGAACUAAAGAGCCUCUUGAUGAAAGUGAAGGAGGAGAGUGAAAAAAUUGGCUUAAAGCUCAACAUUCAGAAAACAAAGAUCAUGGCAUCCGGUCCCAUCAAUUCAUGGCAAGUAGAUGGAGAAACAGUAGAAACAGUGGCUGACUUUAUUUUUUGGAGCUCCAAAAUCACUGCAUAUAGUGACUGCAGCCAUGAAAUUAAAAGACACUUAUUCCUUGAAAGGAAAGUUAUGACCAACCUGGAUAGCAUAUUAAAAGCAGAGACAUUACUUUGCCAACAAAGGUCCAUCCAGUCAAGGCUAUGGUUUUUCUAGUAGUCAUGUAUGGAUGUGAGAGUUGGACUAUAAAGAAAACUGAGUGCCAAAGAAUUGAUGCUUUUGAACUGUGGUGUUGGAGAAGACUCUUGAGAGUGCCUUGGACUGCAAGGAAAUCCAACCAGUCCAUCCUAAAGGAGAUCAGUCCUGGGUGUUCAUUGGAAGGACUGAUGCUGAAGCUGAAACUCCAAUACUUUGGCCACCUGAUUCAAAGAGCUGACUCUUCUAAAAAGACCCUGAUGCUGGGAAAGAUUGAAGGCCCAAGGAGAAGGGGACCACAAAGGGUGAGAUGGUUGGAUGGCAUCACCGACUCAAUGGACAUGAGUCUGAGUAAACUCCGGGAGUUGGUGAUGGACAGGGAGGCCUGGCGUGCUGCAGUCCGUGGGGUCACAGAGUCGGGCACGAUUGAGACUGAACUGAAAUUUGGUAACUCCACCGCGUCCUCUCUGAGGACGUUUCAUCCUGAAGGGUGCAGCAGUUCACUGGACAGAGAGGGCUUGAAAAGUGUCCUAGAUAAGCUUUUUGGGAAGCGGCUCCUGCAGGUGGGUCGGUAUCUGGUGUCUCACAAAGCAUGGAUGAAGACGGUGCCCACGGAGAACUGUGACGUGUUGAUGACCUUCCCAGAUACGACCGAUGACCACACGCUGCUAUGGCUGCUGAACCACAUCCGCGUGGGUAUCCCUGAGCUCAUCGUGCAAGUCCGCCACCAUCGCCACACACGCGCCUACGCUUUCUUCGUCACCGCCACAUACGAGAGCCUACUCAGAGGGGCCGACGAGCUGGGUCUGCGCAAAGCAGUGAAGGCCGAGUUUGGCGGGGGCACCCGCGGCUUCUCCUGCGAGGAGGACUUCAUCUACGAGAAUGUGGAGAGUGAGCUGCGCUUCUUCACCUCCCAGGAGCGCCAGAGCAUCAUCCGCUUCUGGCUGCAGAACCUUCGUGCCAAGCAGGGCGAGGCACUGCACAAUGUGCGCUUUCUGGAGGACCAGCCAAUCAUCCCUGAACUGGCGGCCCGAGGGAUCAUCCAGCAGGUGUUCCCAGUCCACGAGCAGCGCAUCCUGAACCGUCUCAUGAAGUCAUGGGUGCAGGCUGUGUGUGAAAACCAGCCUCUAGAUGAGAUCUGCGACUACUUUGGUGUGAAGAUUGCCAUGUACUUUGCCUGGUUGGGUUUCUACACAUCGGCAAUGGUGUACCCGGCGGUCUUCGGCUCAGUCCUGUACACAUUCACAGAGGCUGAUCAGACAAGCCGGGAUGUGUCCUGCGUGGUCUUUGCCCUCUUCAACGUGGUCUGGUCAACGCUGUUCUUGGAGGAGUGGAAACGGAGGGGGGCCGAGCUGGCCUACAAGUGGGGAACACUGGACUCACCCGGGGAAGCUGUGGAGGAGCCACGACCCCAGUUCAGGGGCGUGCGGCGCAUCAGCCCUGUGACUCAGGCAGAGGAGUUCUACUACCCGCCCUGGAAGCGGCUGCUCUUCCAGAUGCUCGUGAGUCUCCCCUUGUGCCUCACCUGCCUAGCCUGCGUGUUCCUGCUCAUGCUCGGCUGCUUCCAGCUCCAGGAGCUGGUGCUGAGCGUGAAGGGGCUGCCCCGUCUUGCCCGCUUCCUGCCGAAAGUCAUGUUGGCCCUGCUGGUCAGCGCAAGCGCCGAGGGCUAUAAGAAGCUGGCUGUCUGGCUCAACGACAUGGAGAACUAUCGGCUGGAGAGUGCCUAUGAGAAGCACCUCAUCAUCAAGGUCGUCCUGUUCCAGUUCGUCAACUCAUACCUGAGCCUCUUCUACAUUGGCUUCUACCUCAAGGACAUGGAACGCCUGAAAGAGAUGCUGGCCACACUGCUGAUCACCCGCCAGUUCCUCCAGAAUGUUCGAGAGGUUCUGCAGCCCCACCUGUAUCGGCGGCUGGGCCGAGGAGAGCUUGGCCUGCGGGCGGCCUGGGAGCUGGCCCGUGCCCUGCUUGGCCUCCUGAGCCUCCGGCGCCCCGCACGCCGCCACCUCGAACCCCCGGCUGAAGAGGGUGGCAGUGGCAGCAGCAGUGGGGGGGGCCGCAGGUGUCUCAGUGGGGGCUGCGGGGCACCUGAGGAGGAAGAGGAGGCCACGGUGGAGCGGCGGCCGGCAGGGGAAGGGGGAGAAGUGGGGGAUGGGCCCCGGGGGGGCAGAGAGGAGGAGGACGAAGAGGAGGAGGAGGAGGACGAAGAGGAGGAGGAUGAGGAUGAGCAAGGCGAGGAGGGCGGCCUCCUGGACUGCGGGCUUCGACUGAAGAAGGUCAGCUUUGCUGAGCGGGGGGCUGGGCGGCGUCGGCCAGGCCCAAGCCAGGAGGCCCUCCUGGAGGAGGGGAGCCCCACCAUGGUGGAGAAGGGGCUGGAACCAGGUGUGUUCACACUGGCCGAGGAGGACGAUGAGGCCGAGGGGGCUCCCAGCAGCCCCGAACGGGAACCUCCCCCAGCUGUCCUGCUCCGCCGGGCCGGAGGUGAGGGCCGAGACCAGGGGCCAGAUGGGGGCCCGGACCCAGAGCCAGGCUCAGGCGACUCAGCCCGGAAGCAGCGGCGGCAGAACCGGUCAUCUUGGAUCGACCCACCUGAGGAGGAACACUCCUCUCAGCUCACCCAGGCGGAGCUUGAGAGCUGCAUGAAGAAAUAUGAGGACACGUUUCAGGACUACCAGGAGAUGUUCGUGCAGUUUGGCUAUGUCGUGCUCUUCUCGUCCGCCUUCCCCCUGGCUGCCCUCUGCGCCCUCAUCAACAACCUCAUCGAGAUCCGCAGUGACGCCCUCAAGCUGUGCACGGGGCUACAGCGGCCCUUUGGGCAGCGGGUGGAAAGCAUUGGCCAGUGGCAGAAGGUGAUGGAGGUCAUGGGCGUCCUGGCAAUCGUGGUCAAUUGCUAUCUAAUUGGCCAGUGUGGGCAGCUGCAGCGCCUCUUCCCCUGGCUCAGUCCCGAGGCAGCCAUCGUGUCCGUGGUGGUGCUCGAGCACUUCGCUCUGCUCCUCAAGUACCUCAUCCAUGUGGCCAUCCCCGACAUCCCGGGCUGGGUGGCUGAGGAGAUGGCCAAGCUGGAGUACCAGCGCCGGGAGGCCUUCAAGAGACAUGAGCGCCAGGCCCAGCACCGCUACCAGCAACAGCAGCGGCGGAGGCGGGAGGAGGAGGAGCGACAGCGCCACGCGGAACACCACGCCCGGAGGGAGCGAGACGCCAGUGGCCGAGAGGAGGCUCGGGCCGAGGGCUCUGGGUUGGACCCUGCUGCCCCGGAGAAAACCUCAGCCAAGGCCAAGGGCAGUGGGACAGGUGGCCAUGGGCCGGAGCGACCCAAGCGCCCGGGGUCCCUGCUGGCACCCAACAACGUCAUGAAGCUGAAGCAGAUCAUCCCGCUGCAGGGCAAGUUCCUGUCAUCCGGGGCCUCGUCCUCCUCGCCGGCCGGCCCGGGGGCCAACCUCACCACCCGGCCAACCCCUGCCCAGUCGCCCACUGGCAGUGACACCCGCCUGCCAGCCUUCCUUAGCUUCAAAUUCCUCAAGUCACCUGAGACCCGGCGGGACCCAGAGCGUAGCCACUCUCCACCCAAGGCCUUCCACGCCGGCAAGCUUUUCCCCUUCGGCGGGGCCCGGGCAGAGGCCGGGUCCAACGGGGCGGGCGGGCAGGCCCGGCAGGACGGGACCCUCAGCGGUGGCGGUUGCCGAGCCCAGCGGAGUGGGCUGGCGGACGAGGCUGCAGCUGAGGAGCCGGACACACCCCGGCCUGAAGAGGAAGGCUCAGGUCACAAGCUUUAACUCGGGGGUGGGGACUCUGGGCUGGGCUUUGGGGGUAGGGGUGGGGUGUCCAGGCGUGGGGAGAGGGGCUGAAGGGGACAGAGGAGGCUCCGUUUCCCGGUACCAGUUGGGGACCUGGGUGUGUGGUACAUGGAGCCUAUUGAUCAAAGCCUACCCAGUCUCUCUAGGUCCCUGAGAGCCCGGAGCCCUGUGCCUGACCCUCCUCACCCGCCGGGGGAGGGAUGCCAAAGUCCUUGGUCCCCCAGUGCCCUUCCCAGGGUGCCCGCCUGCCAUGCUCUGGUGCCAGGAGAGAUGAGGGAGGCCCCUUCACCACCUGGCCUAGUCUUUCCUGCCCCCAUGAGACCCCACACCCAGCUCACUCUGGGGGACCAGAACCCCCAGGCCUCUAUGCAAGUCCCCGCCCUGCAGCCCAAGCUGUUCCUGGAGGCCUUCCUUGGAGGUGGGGCUCAGGCUGCCCACUAGGGGAGUUCAGGGCUGCAGCCCUGUGUCUGCUGAGUAGAGUCACAGGCCUCACUGCCGCCCCUCCCACCUCAUCCGAGCCCGGGGUCCAGCGACCCAUCCCAGGGAGCCCAAGAGGCGGCAGCUGUAGCACCAGGGACGUAGGUCGGAAGUCAGUGGUACUUCCUCAGACUGCCCUCUCUCCGUGAAGGGGAGGGGCCCAGUGCCCAGAGGCCGGGGAUGCCCCCGAAGAAGCCCACCCCUUGUCACUGAUCAGAAGCAAUAAG